UGUGCUGGGGCAGGGACUCUGCUGCCUGCCAGGGACAGCUCUCAGCCAGCCCUGGGAGCUGCUCACAGCACUGGGGAGAAGCUGUGGGGGCAAAGACUGACCCUGAGCAGGGCAGGGGCUGCUGCUGAGAGAUGCUGGGUGGGGCAGGGCUGCUCCCAGCUCCAGACCAGGCUGGGCACAGCUCUGGAGAACGCUUCCCAGAAGAAGACCACAGGGGGAUGAGAGAAGCAGAACAGGAACUGUAUCCCAGAAUCACAGAACAUUCUGAGUUGAAAGGGACACACAGGAUCAUCAAAGUAAUGUUUGAACAUUUACAUAGACUCCAGAUCUGUAACUUUGGCUGGUCAGUCUCUCUGCUGGGAGCCUCCCAAAGGGCCUUCAGCCACUCCUCAGCCCUGGGCAGCAGCAGCAUCACCUUGGCAGGGCCAGCAGGGCUCUCCUGAGCUGCCCUUGCCCACCUGCAGACAGACCCUGCCCCAGGCAGGGCCCUGCAGUCAGGCAGGUUUCUGUAGGGCUGGGUGAGUGCACAGAGGGUGGGCUGGGCUCUGUGAGCCUGGCAGGGACAGGGCAGCUCUCAGGAGGGAAUGUCCAGGCCCAGGGAGAUUCUCGGGGAAGGAGAGGGGGCUGAACAGAGCAGUGCUGGGGGCAGGAGGGCACUGUUGGUGUGUGGGAGGUGCCGUGCACAGCUGGGUACGGGAACACUGCCCUGAGUGCCCGGCUGUCUCUGCCCUGCCCUCCCAGGCACAGCACCACAACAUCUUCUCUUGUUUCUGCACUCCUCUGAUGUUGUCAUUGUUAUCUGGUGCUCUCAGGGAGGCUCUGGGGUUUGCAGCAGCUGAGUCAGGCACUGCCCUUGGGAUUCCUGCCAGGCAGGGGUGUCCAUGGGAAUGGGGUGUCCAAGCUUCCCUGGGACCUGUGGGGGUGUGGGCAAAGCAGUCCGUGGGAGAGGGGAAUGAGCUGAGCCCCCUCCCUGAGAUCCCAUCAUGGGCACACCCAGGGGUCUCCUUGCUGUGCCCUUUCCAGCUCUGAGCUGCCCUUCUGGGUGCAAAUCUGUGCCAGAGUCUGUCGGAAUUCCCUGAAUGUCUCACAGGGAAGUGCAGAGAUGCCACAGCUGAGGAAAUGCUGUUGGGUUUGCCAAGGGAGCCCUGAGUGUCCUUGGGAGAAGGGGGUGCUGAGACCUUGCUCAGAGAGCUUUAGAGAGGGUGAGACAUUCAGGGAUCCCUCUGCUCUGGACAGGGUCUGGUUUAUCCCAGGGUGACACAGGAGUGUGAUUGUGCUCUGAUUCCAGCCAAAGGUGCAAAGCCAGAGCAGUUGGGAACAAGCCCAUGAAGCCCCUCAUGUUGCCCUAUGCCCUAAGCCUCAGGAAAUCCUUUGCCUCUCACAUCUCUCAGUGGCAAAAUCUGAGUGCAACAGAAAUUUUGGUGAUUUCCGACUGCAGAGAACCAGAAACUAUGUGUCAGUAGGAAGAUAAUUCCUUGCAUCUCUACCCUGCUUUCCAUGUCCUGUAGACCUGGGAGUGCAGAUGGUAACAAGCCUUUCUGCAUAAGGAAUGCUUCCACCGACAAAUCCUGAAUAUCCUGCCUUGUCCCUCUGCCACAAAGCCACAAGCCCAGGGCUGCAGGGCAGGGAUGGCUCCUCAAGAACCCCCUCACACAGGCCUGGCUACUCCUGGCACACUCAGAAAGCACAGCUGGAGAUCAGUCAGGGACCUGGGUGAAGGUUUCCCAGAAACAAGGGUGGGUGAGUCACAGCAGGACAGUCUACAGGGAAUGGCCCAGGUUUGGCUCAAAGCAGCCUCUGCUGACUUGUCACUGUCCUUUAUCCAUGAACAGAUCCCUAUGGCCAGAGACAACAAAUGUCCAACAGCAGCUCCAUCAGCCACUUCCUCCUGCUGGCACUGGCAGACACGCGGCAGCUGCAGCUCCUGCACUUCUGCCUCUUCCUGGCCAUCUCCCUGGCUGCCCUCCUGGGCAACGGCCUCAUCAUCAGCGCCGUAGCCUGCGGCCACCACCUGCACACCCCCAUGUUCUUCUUCCUGCUCAACCUGGCCCUCACUGACCUGGGCUCCAUCUGCACCACUGUCCCUAAAGCCAUGCACAAUUCCCUCUGGGACACCAGGAACAUCUCCUAUAAAGGAUGUGCUGCACAGGUGUUUUUCUUUGCCUUUUUCAUUGCAUCAGAAUUUGCCUUUCUCACGGUCAUGUGCUACGACCGCUACGUGUCCAUCUGCAAACCCCUGCACUACGGGACCCUCCUGGGCAGCAGAGCUUGUGCCCACAUGGCAGCAGCUGCCUGGGCCAGUGGCUUUCUCCAUGCUCUACUGCACACAGCCAAUACAUUUUCCCUGUCCCUGUGCCAGGGCAAUGCCCUGGGGGGGUUCUUCUGUGAAAUCCCCCAGAUCAUCAAGCUCUCCUGCUACAAAUCUUAUCUCAGGGAACUUGGACUUCUUGCUGUUAGUGUUUUUCUGUUCUUUUUUUCCUUUGUGUUCAUGGUUUUCUCCUAUGUGCAGAUCUUCAGGGUUGUGCUGAGGAUCCCCUCUGAGCAGGGACGACACAAAGCCUUUUCCACCUGCCUCCCUCACCUGACUGUGGUCACUCUGUUUAUCAGCACUGCCACAUUUGCUUAUGUAAAGCCCCCCUCCAUCUCUACCCCAUCUCUGGAUCUGUCACUGUCACUUCUGUAUUCAGUGGUGCCUCCAUCCCUGAACCCCCUCAUCUACAGCCUGAGGAACCAGGAGCUCAAGGCUGCCCUGAGGAAAAUGAUGACAGUAUCUUUAGGAGAAAUAAACAUUCUUUUCUGCUGCAGAGCCUUCAGAAUCUAACUCUUUAAAAUCUCAGAUUUUUUCUCC